AAGAAUAAAAAAAAUACUGUCAGAAAUUUGUCUGUCAGAAAAACAAAAUUCUCACACCAUGUUGAACUCGUAAAAUCAAAUAAUCAUGCUAUUUUCACGUAAUUUAAUAUCUUUUACGUGCUGUACACGAUCUACAAUACAAUAUAACAAUACGAUCAAUUGAUUAGAGAUGCAUUAGACGCUGCGCACGAAGAUUUCCCGGAUUACGAGCCCUGUUUUGAAGGAUACGACGGUAACCCAGAUACUGAUAACAAUAAGAACGGUUCGUCAAGUACUUUAAAAGAUAGCAACAAGUCUGGGAUACUUUCAAAAGACUCCAACAGUACUUGUAAGAAAGGGAAACACAUUAGAUCAGAUUUUUCAAAAACCAAUCUCAGUCGGAAUAAUACCUCAACAAACUUGAAGUUGCUCAAUAUGGAUCAGCAGCAAAAAGAAGGCUGCCCAGAAAAAGUGAAACCUAAAGGUUGUCCAAGUAAGGCUAAACCAGGGUGCCCUCAACCAAUAGAAGUUUGCAAGGACGAGGCUUUGUGGCCACCGGUAGGACCUCCUGCUUGCCAAGCAAAAUCUACGGAAGGUACAUCGAGAUGUAAAGACAGAGUGCCAUCGGCCGGGCCUUGCAACGAAAAACCUGCUGCACCGCCGAAAAAAGAAAAAAGCUGUGACCAACACCGCAGUGAUAUGAGUGAUAUCAAGAAAAGAUUUGGCAUUGAAUGUGACUCUACAACGACUCCACCAAAGCAAAAGACAAUGAUAGAAGCCCACAGCGAGGCGAUUGCUACCAUCAAAUCGGCUGUUGAAGAUUUCUUUGGCAAAGUAUAUCAAUCAACUAAAGACGCUGUGACAAUUAUAAGAACUGAAAGUGUGAGGCAUUUAGGGAGGAUAACUGCGAAGAAAUCUGUAAGCAGCUCUGAUAUUCUGCCACAAAAGGUGCACGAGAAUAAAAGCUCAGAAACGAUCACAAGCUUCAAUUAUUUUAGAUCAACUGAUAACCCCGACUCGAAGACUCAAAGCACGGAUAGCGAGGAACCAGAUGACACUAUGGAUAAAGCUGGACAAGUGAUUGGAAAGAUUUUUGCUAAAGUUGAUUCGACCUUAUCGAUGCUAAGCGAUCAUAUUGAUUUGCAAAAGGUCAAGAGUUUGAUCACUUUUGAGGACCUAUCAAGCAGGAAUCCUUACGAUAAAACAAAGUCGGAAGAACCUGCUGCUACAACCACUAGUGUCCCAAAUAGUGUGUUCACAGCGAUCAAGUCUAGAAUAGUUUCGAUGUUUAGCGACGGAGAGACCGCAAAAGAAAAUGAAUCGCAAAGAUCUAACGUAUCGGGACAAUCUUCGCUUUCCAGCGUCAUUAACGAAGAGAAAAGAAAGAAACACUAAUACAUUGCAAAUAAAAAUUUAAGAUCGAUCUA